AUGAGCAAACGUUGUGAUAUAGUUCAUUUGAACGUUGGAGGUCGAAAAUUUUCGACAUCUCGUAAUACGCUAUUAUGGAAUAAGAACUCAUUUUUCAGCAUACUUCUAGAUGGUGCUCUGCCCACCAUGAAGGAUGAAUCUGGAGCUAUCUUCAUAGACAGAGACCCAGAUAUGUUCAGUGUGAUUCUCAACUACCUACGGACCAAUGAAUUAAAUCUAAAUGGUGUGGAUAUAAAUUCGCUCAAGAAUGAGGCUCAAUUUUAUGCACUCGACUCCCUGGUAAGAAAACUUUCCCUGUGCGAGGAGAAUCUGCUUGGACGAUGUGGAGAUUUACUGUUUCACGCUUAUAUGCCAGCACCUGAUUUUGUCCUGGACGAUUCUGGAUCAUGUUUCAGAUGGAACACCAACAACCAAUGCAAUCCACCUAAUGGUCUUUGUCUGCCACCAUAUUCAUCACCCAGCUCAUCUAUGAGAGGACAAACAGAUACAAUGGGGAGGGGUCCUGGAAUCCCUCAACACAGAAAUUUAUCGACUGAAACGCCAACACCUGACUCCAUUCGCAGUAAUCCUGGUUGUAGUACAAGUAAUGCUAAAGUCCCUUUGAAAAGUGAUCACCACCGUCCACCAGAUGAUUCUACAAAUGAAGUUUUUGAUGAAAGUGCUACUACUACUAAUACUACUAGUACUACUACCAAUGGCCCAUCGAAUUUAAAAUAUCAAUCAAAUCAACCUGAAUUGCAUCAAAAGCCUGUGACGUUAAUCGCUUGUCAUCAAAAUAUUAUGGCAGCUGUAUACUCUGACUGUGUGGGAGUUUUCUCUCUAAAAGAUCCUAUUGGUUGGCACCUGACAUGGUUAAGCCCUAUACUACCUGCACCAAUCGAUAGAAUCGCUGUAACUGGUAAAGCGCCCAAUCAGAAUAUUUUAGGUUCUGUUUCAUCAAAUGCAUCUGGAAACUCUGCACCACUAUUUCCUGUGAAUCCUACAGUAAACUCGUCAAAUGUAAAUCCAGUCGGUAAUAAUUCCAUCAAUCCUAAUGCAAACAACAACAAUGCUAAUAACAGGCAUCAGCCAGCGUCUAAUUCCACAGCCAGUUCAAGUUUUCCAAAUAAUCUGUCUUCACAAAACGCGCCACAACUUAAUCAGUCUCAUAUGUCGGCACCAAAUAAUCUACCAUCUGUGAUAAAUCCCUCCUCAUCGAGUGGUGGUGGAUGUACACUGGCAGUAGCUGUUGGCUCAACUAUCACACUGUGGUAUUUAUAUCCCCCGUCUGGGUUGAUAUCUGCUGUCGUUUCAUAUGGUGGACAAUUUGGUGUGACUACCUCACCUGCUACUUAUUUCUUAUCUCCAUUAUAUCCAUUUAUGCCUAUGCCGGAUGUGAAGAAUGGUAGCAACACUUAUCCACCGUUAGCUAAAAUUAAAGAACCUUGGACUAGUGAAAUGGUUGGUCAAUAUGAUUUAAACAGGCGUGCUGUGGAUUAUUUAAUUUUUAUCGGUGCUCAUCUUGUUGCACUUAGUCGACAUGGUCUAGUCGGUGUUCGACAUGUAAUGACUAAUGCAUGGCAAGUUUGGAGUACUGUUCCAAUAUUGAGUUAUGGUGUUGCUGGUUCAGAGUUACUACUCUUGGGUUGUGCAAGCGGAUGUAUAUGCAGUAUAAACAUACAAAAAUUCCCUCUACGAAUAGUGGACAAUGAUCUCUUAGUAACAGAAAUGUAUCGUGAUCCCCUGCGUGAUCCAAUCACUGCACUUAGUGUACAUUUAUCGCCGAAAACAUCUUAUUCAGGUCGUAAUUGGAUGGAAAUAGCCUAUGGUACAUUGUCUGGUCGUGUAUGUUUAAUAGUACAACAUCCAGAAAUUGUUGGUUAUAGUCCACAAUUAUUUCAAACUUUUAAUGUUCAUCGGUCAAUGGUUACAGAUGUUGUUUUAUCAGAGAAAUAUUUAAUUUCAGUUUGCAAUGAAUUUCAUCAUGUGCGUACAUGGGCAGUGACACGCUUUCGUGGUAUUAUCAGUACUCAACCGAGUUCAACACCAGUCGGUUCAUUUCAUAUGACAAUAUUAGCUGCACAAAAAUGUCAUACACAAAAAGCACAGUCAUCCUGUAAUGAAAUUGUUCAAGCAUAUUCUAGUCUAAGUGCUAACACAUCACAUAAUAAUGCCAACAAUAACACCAACACCAACAACAACUCUGUCAACAGUAAUAACAAUACAACCAAUGAUAAAGUUAAACGUUCAAAUACAUCAUCAUAUAAUCUAUCACACUGGCAUCCACGUGGUACUAAUACACGUUCAUCCAGUGCUCAGUGUACUUCAUCACGUGAACCGUCAGCUUCAUCUUCAUCAUCAACAUCAUCAUCAUCUUGUCAUAACGAAUCAAAUCUUCAGAAUACGGCCAAUACAAAAAUUAGACCAGGUACAUAUAAUAAUAAUAUUUUAAGCAGCGUUGGAGGCGUUGAUUUAUGCUCAAAUACACAAUCAGAUAUUGUUGUCCUUCCACGUACAACAUGGCUUCAUGAAGAUCCAGGGUUAAAUAUUCAAUUCGAUUCAGAUCCAUCUGAUUCACAUUCAAUUAGUCAAAGUGAGAUAAAUCAAGGAGAUAAUGGAAAUAAUUUUACAACUGAUUGUGUUGCUAUAACCAGCUAUCAUGAAAACAAUCAUAGGAAUAAAAAUAAUAAUAAUACUAAUAAUAGUACCAGUAGAAUGAAAAGUCGUUCUUCAUCAGCUAGUCGAAGUUUACAACACCAACAACAGAGUGCUGCUGCACAACAGCCUGGUGAUGAAAUAGAUGCAUACAGAAGUCAACAAAGCACCUCAUCAGUGAUUAGAAGGCCAAAAGUGAAUCAAUCUAAAGCUAAUGGCAAUACUACUGCUACUGCUACUACAACUACUGACAAUACUAAAGCAAAUAAACACAUUAUUCGUCCAAUUAUUGAUGUACAUGAAUACGCGAAUAAUCCAGGCCCAUAUGGUGGAAGAGAAGAUAUCUUAGUAUUUGUACAGAAAUUAACACCACAAGCAAAUCAGUUAUUUGUACGCCUAGCGUCAACUGGUAAACGAAUAUGUGUUAUUCAUUCAGUGGAUAGAAGUACUAUUAGUUCAUUUACUGUACAUAAACAUGAUGGAUUCAAUCGAGUCGGUGCACAUCCAAGACGUUAUAUAUUUACUGGACAUUCAAAUGGUACUAUUCAGGUAUGGGAUUUAACAACAGCUUUGGAUUUUGCAAGAACUGGAAACAAUUUUCCUGGACCUUUAAUGACUAUCCCGAACUCAUCAACAAUCAAUAUGGAAGGAGCUUACAACUUAGCAAAUGAUAUUGCUUCUUAUCCUGGUGGAAUAAUGAACAGUGUAAAUGUUUGCGGGAGAAAUAAUAUACUGAUCAAUCCAUAUUCAUCAAAUGGGCCUAUAAAUAAUUCAAAUAAUAUACUAGUUUAUCCUAAUUAUAAUCAGCAUUUAUACGAUACAGAUUAUUAUUGUUAUAGUAAUAAUAACGCUAAUAAUAUUACCAAUAACAGUAAUAAUAGUUAUUACAUUGGUGGACCAACAUCCUCUGAAAUGUUAAAACUUUUAGAAAAUUGUCAAAUUGGCCUGUCAUCAGCUGGUUCCAGUAUGACAGCGUUGUGUUCUGAGAGGUUAACUCCAGCGGAGUCAAUGAAUUCUAUAAUUGAUCAGGCAAAUUUGUGA